UUCAUCAUAAACAUUGACAUGUUGAUAUCGAUGGUUCCUGUGCUGCCUGAAGGCCAGCGAUAUGUCCUGACCUACAGAUUCAGCCAGGACCACUUGGAACUCCUGUUUAACUCCAUCAGAGCAUCCGGUGGCUGGAAUAACAACCCCAAUGCCAGCCAGUUUAAGUAUAUAUUUAGAAAGCUGAUGGCCCGGUGCGGAGUUGUGAAGCCAUGCAGAGGCAAUGUUACAGCACAGGAUGAGACUGAGACCCUACCAGCGGUUAUCGACACCUCUACAAGCCUGUCAGCUGUAGAUAUGUCCUCUGCAGCAGGAGGAGAAGAAGAUCUUCCCUCUCCGUUUGCUGACAUUCCUGCAUUGGUACAUGACCACAGUUACCUUCCCGUCCGCUUCAAUGGUCUUGUGGACAAUGCUCUCGUGUACAUUUCAGGAUUUGUUGUGCGAAGGGCUCUGAAGAAGCUGUCCUGUGAUGUCUGCCGUGCCAGCCUGGUGACAGACGCUGCAUCUGCCAUCAAGGACCAGAGUUACCACCUGCUGUCUCUGAAAAACAAUGGAGGCCUGGUGAUUCCCUCAGAGGGAACAGUGAGGGUCGUCAGGGCAGCAGAGUGGGUCAUUCGCCAGGCAUCAGCGAGUUUCAAACGAUCACAGCCCAUCAAACAACUGGAGGUCAUGUACAUUGUACGGAAGAGGAUCGGGUCAGAGGAUGUGUUUGCGCUCGGGGAGCACAUCAGUGAAACACAGUAUGGCAUAGACAGCCACCACCAUACACUGUUGACAUUAGUUGUUUCCCUGUUUUUUAAGCUAAGGCUACACCACAUAGCGAAAUUGACUACACUUAGUUUACAAAGCAACAACAUGCGACAGAAACUCAACAAAUCAGUCCUUUUCAAAGGGCAUUAGUCCAAUGUGGGUCUCUGGUGGGUCUUCCCGUGAGGAUGGACACUGGUUA